GCUGGACCAGCGAGCAACAGUCGAUAAUUUACUCUCAUUGGCAAUUGGCGAAGCAAAUGAGUUGCAAUUAAACAAAAAUCCAACAAGCACCCUCAUCACCACUUUACGCUGCUAAAGCCUAUAUCAGUUUAACCCAGCACCCAGGUACUGGUUGGCGGUGUCGGUUUGUCUGUCUGUCUAUCGCUCGCUCGCGGUAGCGGUAUCGGUAUCUCUACACAAGUUGCAUUGUUCAAAAUUUUAAUCGAAAAUGAUAAAUGUUAUUUUGCGUAUCGUGGUUAUAUUGUGCGUUGGACUGGCGUGUGUGUCUUCAGCACCGGGUUUAACGAACCCCUACACGGAAGUCGAUGAUUUGGAAAAUGAACAUCGCAUGCAUCCAGUACUGAACUUUAACAACCGGAGAUCAAGUCAAAGGCUUCAGAAACGUGCCAUGCCUUUGCUUAGUUUUCGCUCGCCCAAUCCUGACGAAGAGGAAAGUGAUUAUUGGAGGGGAACUGCUCAGGAUAUUCUCCGUAAUCAGCUGCAGAAGAACGAACUGAAUAUGAACGUGGCUAAGAAUGUGAUAAUGUUCCUGGGCGACGGAAUGUCCAUUCCUACUGUAACAGCGGCCCGAGUCUACAUGGGUGGAGAGGAGCAGCGGUUGUCCUUCGAGAAGUUUCCCUACAUUGGCUUAAGCAAGACUUACUGUGCGAAUACCCAAGUGGCGGACUCGGCGUGCACAGCGACGGCUUAUCUGGGCGGUGUGAAGGCCAAUUACGGGACCAUUGGUGUGUCGGCCGCCGUUGAUUUAAAUAACUGUCGGGCGCAGAACAACACAGACCACCAUGUGCCUUCAAUAGCAGAGUGGGCGCAGAGCAGAGGACUGUCGACAGGCCUUGUUACCACCACCACUGUGACACACGCUUCUCCGGCGGGUGUAUAUGCUCACACGGCAAAUCGUAACUGGGAAAACGAUGGAGAAAUUCUGAAAGAUGGCGAAGAUCCCGAACAAUGCCUUGACAUAGCACAGCAAUUGAUAUAUGGCACGGUGGGGCGCAAUUUAAAUGUAAUCAUGGGCGGAGGAAGGGAGCAAUUUCUGCCGAAAGGAGAAAAGGACAUCUUGGGUGGAGAAGGGAAACGUCAGGACAAUCAGAAUUUGAUUGACAAAUGGAAGAGCAUUCAUAAUGGUGCAUCGGCUUUUGUGCAGACUAAAGAAGAAUUGUCCGCUGUCCCGAAGGACGUUGAAUUUAUGAUGGGGCUUUUUGCCACAUCUCAUAUUCCAUUCCAUGUGGAUGCUGAUAAUGAGACUAUUCCUAGUCUUGCUGAGAUGGUUGACAAGGCAAUGGACGUCCUGGAAGCUCAAAAUCGUGGUUAUUUCCUGUUCGUGGAGGGUGGUCGUAUCGAUCAUGCCCACCAUGACACCGAAGCCGUUCGAGCCUUAGACGAGACAAUUGAAUUCCAUAAGGCCAUUGAUUUAGCCCGCAAGCGGACUAGUGAAGCGGACACCUUGAUUGUUGUAACGUCGGAUCAUUCGCACACGAUGUCAGUGGCGGGCUAUUCGAGUCGAAAGAACGACAUCUUUGGCAUUAGCAACGGGCAGUUGGGCACUGACGAAAUUCCCUAUGCAACGCUGAGCUAUGCAAACGGACCGGGAUUCGAAAGCCAUAUGGCUGAGGGGCGCCGGCGAAACCUUCUACAGACAAAUAUGAGAGAUAAGAACUUCAGGUUUCCUGCGACAGUUCCCUUGGAUUCGGAGACCCAUGGGGGUGACGAUGUGGGCGUGUUUGCGAGUGGUCCCCAGGCACAUCUCUUCACUGGAGUCUACGAACAACAUUAUAUCCCACACGCAAUGGCUUAUGUGGCCUGCUUGGGCGAAAAGAUGACUGCAUGUACAAAAAAUUAGAGCACCAAGGAGGCUUUUCUUUGACUUUAAGGAUAAUUUAUUUAUUUUUCUGUGUAUUAUCGUCGUCGUCGUAACAUUUCGCAUUUUUCACGAUGAUGUAUGGCGUUCUUCAUUCCCCAGUCACAAAUCGGUUUAAGAAAGACAAAUAUAUAUGUAAACAAACAAACAAGCAAACAAACAAUCAAACAAACAAAAAUAAAGGGAAAUACAAAAAGAUAUUUCUUUUUUAACGAAAAAGGACAACCGAG